GGCGGCAGGCCUACACCACACCGGGUCGAUCUUGUCAUGUGGGACAAAGCCGGCGGCGCUGAUGGGCAUCUAACAUGAGUCCUGAUCGGGAGCUGGCUGAUCCCGACUUCCCGAGAGACGGGCCGCCUCAUACCACAAGCGCCCGGCAAGGCCAGCGACCUCUUUCUCAUCGCCACCCACGCAUCGCUCAUACCCUGGGGUCUGCUGGGAAACAACCGAAGGGCGGGUGCACGGCGGAAGGUCUUGCUCGCCGGCCUCCGCUUUUGCCGGCUGCCGAACUUUGGGGCCACCGUUCAAAUGGUUGACUGACGGAUGACGAUGGUCACGCUCUCGAAAGUAACCGUGGUGUUUGCCGUGGCGCUGCUGGGCUGGGCAUACCAGGCCACCCGGCCGCCUCCCCCGGCGAUCUUGGGCGCUCCGGGAGGGCUGCCGAUCACCUCCCCGAGAGUCCGGCUCAAGGAUGGCCGACACCUAGCCUACAUGGAAGCCGGAGUGCGCAAGGAGAACGCGAGGUACAAGGUCAUCUUCGUCCACGGGUUCGGCUCCACCAAGGAGAGCGGCUUCCAGGUGUCCCAGGAGCUUGUGGAGGAGCUGGGGAUAUACAUGCUGUUCUUCGACAGAGCCGGGUACGGCGACAGCGACGCCAACCCGAAGAGGUGCCUGAAGAGCGACUCCACGGACGUCGAGGAGCUCGCCGACGCGCUGCAGCUCGGGGACAAGUUCUACGUGUUGGGCUGCUCCAUGGGCGGAUACAUCGCGUGGAGCUGCCUCCACUACAUUCCGCACAGGCUGGCCGGAGCGUCGCUGGUCGUGCCGGCGGUGAACUACUGGUGGCCGCUGCCGGACGACGUGCGGAGGAGCGCGUACGGGAAGCUGGACGCCUGGGACAGGACGACGUUCUGGAUCGCGCACCACGCGCCGUCGCUGCUCUGCGCCUGGCUCACGCAGACGUGGCUCCCGACGUCGCCGAUCGUCAGGGGCGAGCGCGGCGCGUUCACCGCCAAGGACUGGGAGAUCCUCACCGAGCUCUGGAGGAAGCAGCGCGAGAGCGGCCAGCAGGUGGAUCGGGCCAAAGCGACGCGGCAGGGGACCUACGAGUCGCUAUGCCGCGACGCGACGAUCCUGUUCGGCAGAUGGGAGUUCGAUCCCACGGAGAUGAGGAACCCGUUCCCCGACGGCGAGGGCGUGGUCAGCAUCUGGCAGGGGUACGAGGACAGGAUCGUGCAGGUGGAGAUCCAGCGGCACGUGGCGCGGAGGCUGCCGUGGGUGCGGUACCACGAGCACCCCGAGGCCGGGCACGCGCUCCCGGACAUGGACGGGGUCGGCGACGAGAUCGUCAGGGAGCUCUUGCUCGGCGCCGGCGAGGCGCCGCAGAGCGAGCCGCGCGCGCCACGGUAGCUGAACGUGCUGAGAGGUUGGUGAGGAAAUUAAACGAGCAGGUAGAUAUCCGCACGUAUGUAGGUGGAGAAUAAACGGCGUUGGGCCAAGUCAAUGCGCUGAUGUCCUGACGAGUUGGGAAGUGCAGGAACUUGGUAGUUGAUGAACAUCAGUUGAUCGAAUUAGCAAUUGGAACAGCUGGCCAGUGGCGUCAUGGUACUUGAUCCACAUUGAUGGAUUAAGAAGCUACCCAUGUAAAUGUUGAGCCGUUACGGUGUUAAGUAUGUACUCUAUUUUUAUUUACAUAUCGUAUUAGGUUUGUCGUA